CGCCCCCUCAGGUGCGUCUCAUUAAAAGGUGUGAAAAAAGAACAAUGGCGUCUGUUCGUGUGAAGAGAAGGCGCCGAAUCGAAACAUGUCAUCGAGUGGAGUGGAAACUGCAGCCCAGAGCCCGCUGCUCUCCUCCAGCUUCUGUUUCAGCCCAUGGUCCUGUGUUUGUGUGAAGGGCUGGUCAGCUGCAGCGUGGAAUGGUCUCCCUGACCCUCUGUUGACCUACGACCCCUCCACUGGCUGCCCGGCCCCCGAGCCCUGGCUCCUCCCAGGCUGCAGUUCUGUCUACGACAGCCUGGUCAGUAACGUCUCCCCCGUCUCCUCCCCUCGUGCUGCUGGUGGUCGAGGCAGAGAGCGCACGUCCAACAGCAAAGCGCGCAGGCCGUCCAUUCUUGAGCGUUGUAUCCUCAAAGUGUCCACCAGCAGUGUGGCUGUGGGGACAGAGGACUUGGACAGCAGGAGGUCAGGGCGGUGGGGGACGUCUGAUACCAAGUCAAAAACAAAGUCGCCCCUGGGUCGCUGCUACCCUCGCUUCCUGGAUCCUGCCAACACGGAGAACAAUGAAGCCGUUCUGAAGCGGCGGCAGAAACAGAUCCACUACGGAAAGAUCACCAGUGGAUAUCAGAACUACCUUCAGCAGGUUCCCAAACAUCAGCGGGACCCCAAGCUUCACCCCUCCACCCCCAACAUGUACAGGAAGUACAGCCGGCGCUCCUGGGACACACAGGUGCGUCUGUGGAGACGGGCGCUGCACCUGUGGGACCCACCUUCUGAGUCCCAGCCUGACACCUUAGACUCGGACGACCCCGUGGAGCAGCUGCAGAGCCAGCUGGCCAAGAUGACCUCCGGCCUGUGUGAGGACGUAGGAGACAAGCAGAGAGAGAAGGAGACUCCGGCAGCUUCUGAAGCCUCCUCUGUGUCUCCUUUGUCCACUGGAAUGUCACUGGAGCAGCCUGGACCCUGGAGCGCCCCCUUCUCCCCGGAGGCAGAGAAGAGCCACAGACCCCGUCGCUCUCCCCCCGGCCUGGCCUCCCUCAGGAAUCCCCUGACCUCCAAGGACAACAUCACUGAUUGGCUACGCCUCAUUUUGGAUGCCGACCACACCCAAGACGUGGGCUCUGAUGACCAGCAGGUUCCCGUCUUUUCUGACCACCUCUCCUGGAAUCCCUACUGAAGGACGCCGACCGUCUGCUCUGGACUGGCUGGGUUUUAGGCAGUGUCCCGUCUGCGUCGUAGCUUCUCCAGCAUGGACGCAACAUCGCCACCAUCUGGACAUCAGACUGUGUUUAACCUGAAUGUUUCAGUAGUGUGUGUGUGUGUGUGUGCGUGCGUGCGUGUGUGUCCAGAGUGUUAGUCUUUUAAGAUCUCUGAAUUGUUUCUGUGGCGAGUAUUCUGUAGUAGGUGUGACCAAGAGAGGGCGCCGACGAGUGUGGAACCAUAUUUAGCACUUCCUGUCUCCAAUGUUUUUCUGUUGUUGCACUUCUCACCUGCUGCAUGUUUCGCUUCAGUUCUGCACCGGCUGAGGACUUCUGUCCACGUGUUCUUCUCGUAGUCACCUGAUUUUUCUGGGUCGUUUGUCACCUCCUCCUCGGUCCACCCUCACCUUCACGCUCCGAUGGCUUCUCCUCCACGUCCUUCUCGUUUUUUCUUAAAAACAAAACACUCGCUGAUCGCGGUUUUCUUUUUACUUUUGUGUUUUCUGUCCACUUGUGCUGCUUGAAAAUCAAGCAAGAGUUCAAAUGAUGUAACUAAUAAAGAUGUAAAUAAAGUGUUAUGGAUUCAA